AUGGCAUCUCUCUCACUCCGGGCUCUCCUCGGGUUUGUUGGCGCCACGGCAGCGGUGACCGUGACCGUGGCCAGCUCUGGCGGACAUGCCACUUCUCCGUACAUGUACGGUAUCAUGUUUGAGGACAUUAACCAGAGUGGCGAUGGUGGCUUGUACGCCGAGUUGAUCUCGAACCGGGCCUUUCAAAACGAGUCGCUAAAGUCCUGGAGCGCCGUGGGCGACAGCACGCUGGCGCUCGACACCACCACGCCGCUGUCGUGGGCCCUGCCUCGCUCGGUCCGGGUCAAGGGGGGAAAGGGCAAGGCCGGCCUGAGGAACUCGGGCUACUGGGGCAUCGACGUCAAGCACACCGACACGUACACCGGCAGCUUCUACUCGUACGGCGAGUACAGGGGUAGCUUCACCGCCUCCCUCGUGUCCGACAUCACCAACGAGACGCUGGCCAUCACCAAGAUCAAGUCCAAGUCGGUCGCCAAUGCCUGGACGAAGCACGAGUUCAAGUUGCACCCGACCAAGAGCGCGGCGAACAGCAACAACAGCUUCGUCCUCGAGUUCCGCCCCAGCCAUGAGACGGAGCUCAAGUUCAACCUGAUCAGCCUCUUCCCCCCAACAUACAACAACAGGCCGAACGGUAUGCGCCGGGACUUGAUGGAGAAGCUCCGUGACCUCAAGCCGAGUUUCCUUCGGAUACCUGGCGGCAACAACCUCGAGGGCAACUUUGCCGGCAACCACUGGAACUGGUCCGCCACGAUCGGCCCGCUGAUUGAGCGGCCCGGCCGCAUGGGCGUGUGGGGGUACGAGAACACGGAUGGGCUCGGCCUGGUCGAGUACAUGCACUGGGCGGAGGACUUGGGCGUCGACGUCGUGCUCGGGGUGGCCGCGGGUCUCUACCUGAACGGCGACGUCGUUCCCGAGGAGGAGCUGGACUUCUUCGUGCAGGACGCGCUCAACGAGCUCGAGUUCCUGAUGGGCGACGUCUCGACUCCGUACGGCGCCCUGCGCGCCAAGCUCGGCUACCCCAGGCCGUGGAAGAUCAAGUUCGUCGAGAUCGGCAACGAAGACAACCUCUGGGGCGGCCUCGACUCGUACAAGAGCUACCGACUGAGGGCCUUCUACGACGCCAUCAAGGCCAAGUACCCGGACAUCUUCAUCUUCUCAUCGACCGACGAGGUCGUCUACAAGAAGUCGGGCCGCGAUUACCACAAGUACACGCGUCCGGACUACUCCGUCUCCCAGUUCCACCUGUUUGACAACUGGACUGCGGAGCACCCCGUCCUCAUCGGCGAGUACGCCACCAUCCAGAACAACACGGGCAAGCUCGAGGACACGGACUGGGACGCGCCCAAGAACGCGUGGUCCAACUGGAUCGGCUCCGUCGCCGAGGCCGUCUUCCUGCUCGGCGCCGAGCGCAACGCCGACAAGAUCUGGGGCACCGCCUUCGCGCCGCUGUUCCAGAACCUCAACAACUACCAGUGGGCCCCCGACCUGAUCUCCUUCACCGCCGACCCGGCCGACACCACCGUCAGCGUGUCGUACCCCAUCAUCCAGCUCUUCUCGGAGCACCGCAUCACCCACACCCUCCCGGCCGCGUCCCCGGACGGGUUCGGCCCGCUGUACUGGGCCGCCGGUCGCGGCGGCCUCGGCGGCGGCGGCGGCGGCGGCGGCGGCGGCGGCGGUCACGUGUCCUCCUCCUCCUCCUCCUACAUCCUCAAGGUGGCCGUUUACAACAGCACCGGGUCCGAGGACGUGCCGGUGAGCGUGCGCUUCGAGGGCCUCCCGAAGGGCAGCCCCGCAACCCUGACGGUGCUGACGGCGGCCGGCAGCGACCCCUGGGCCAAGAACACGCCUGGCCGUCCCGACGCCGUCAACAAGACCAUCCAGCACCUGCGGGCUGGCAAGCACGGCGAGAUCGACUUCAGCCUGCCCGACCUGUCGGUCGCCGUCUUGGUUGCGCGGGGGAAGUGA